UGCGGGGGGGAAGUAGGAGGAAGAAGGAUUCAUAAAACAGAAGGCGAUCAGCAUGCAGUUCAGAGUGCUCCGCUCGGUUCAAACCAUUUGUACGGACGAGAGUUGCACAGAAUCCCCCAUUCAUUAUAAUCUAGAAGUAGUCCACUUUUUUCUUGUUUCUUACAGCGACGGGGACGUAUCGAAGAAGCCUGCAACAGCUCAAGCUUCUUAGGUUUCUUCAUUUUUUCUUAAAACGGGACAUUGGUGUUGAAUAAAAUAAGGAGCUUAAACAAACGGAAAACACAUCGGUCCAUAACUAAGGUAAACUUUGCUGGUAGAAGUACAGUUACUGUAAGUUAGAGAGUUUUUUAGAACUUCACACGACGAGUUUUCGUUGUUGAAAAGUAGAUUUAGGGCUGACUCGCUGUACACAUACUAGAGUGCGAUUCCCGUAUUUUUGUCUUGGAUUUUAAAUAAAGAGAAAGUUUUCUCAAAUGCAAAACUACAUGUACGAAAAAGCAAUGGCACCAGAGACCAGGAACGGAGGAACAGCUACGUUAAAUAAUAACAAUAACGGCAAAGACAACAGCAAGAGGAAAUUGCUAAUCUGCAUGGACAUCUUCUGUUUGAUUUUGGUCAUGCUGCCAUCGAUAGUGCUGAACAAGGCGGGCGUCCAGCCCUUCCAGAGGGGCUUCUUCUGUGAUGAUGACAGCAUCAAGUACAGCUUUAAGAGAAGCACCAUACCUUCUCCGGUGCUGCUGGCAGCGGGCAUGAUUCUGCCAGUCGCUUCUAUCAUCACUGGGGAGUGCUACAGGAUUCACUACCUGAAUGAGGGAUCCAAGUCCUUCAUCAGUAACCCCUAUGUUUCCACCCUCUACAAGCAAGUGGGGGUCUUCAUCUUCGGCUGUGCUGUCAGCCAGUCCUUCACCGACAUUGCCAAAGUGUCUGUGGGUCGCAUGCGUCCUCACUUCCUUGCUGUGUGCGAGCCGGAUUUUUCUCGUAUUAACUGCUCCGAUGGGUACAUCACUGACUACUUCUGCAAAGGAGAAGAGAGCCGGGUACAGGAAGCAAGGAAAUCCUUCUUCUCUGGCCAUGCCUCCUUCUCCAUGUAUACCAUGCUGUAUUUGGCAUUCUAUCUCCAGUCUCGGUUCACCUGGAGAGGUGCUCGCCUUCUGCGUCCUCUGCUGCAGUUCACCUUGAUUAUGAUGGCAUUCUACACUGGCCUGUCCCGGGUCUCCGACCACAAGCACCAUCCCACCGAUGUCCUGGCAGGGUUUGUGCAAGGCGCCCUGGUGGCUUACUGCAUAGUGUUUUAUGUGUCGGAUCUCUUCAAGCCCAAGAUAAAGACCACCACCCCACCACCAUCUCCCAUUAAAAAAGAACUGCUUCCUUCAGCAGACAUAAUUGAACGUAACAACCAUCACAACAUGGUGUGAGCAAGCAGCGGAACAGUUUAAACAAUGAAGAACAGACCUGUGACAGGUGAACAGCAUCACAAUGCUGCUUCUCUUUCUCAUCUGACAGUAGAAUGUAGGGAAGAGAGACUUUUUUUUUACUUCUUCUGUUUUUACCCACAAGUCAAGCAAAAAGGACUGAAAAUGGAGAGUUUUGAGACCAUUGCUUCCAGUUCGCAUGCAAAGAACUUUCUCUGAGAUUGUAGGAGUUACUACAAAUAUACCGACAUGAAGUGUAGCUGUGAAGAUAUGCAGCUGGUUAAAGUCAGAGUUCACCAUUUUGUAUUAUCUCUGUGGCCUUGGUAUUGGACAACAAAUUCCUUAUGUAUAGGAAUGUUUUUUUUCUGCAAUUUACUAGCAAUGAUAUAUUAACAAUAUAAAAUAAUUUAUAGAACUAUAUUCAAACUCAUUGUCAACUAGUCUAGGAGCAAUAAUUAUUAGAAAGCCUGUUGAUAUUUUUGUAUGACACCAAGGAGAUUCUAGCCUUAGAAUACAAAGUGAGGGAAGGAUCAUUCUGAUGGAUAAGCUUGGCUCAUGUCUGUCCCUUACUGGAAUCCUCCGGUUACUUCAAGCAUAGUAGUGCAGAGUCUGCAGUAUGAGCUUAUGUUUAACAUUUGGUGAUUUAAUCUUUUGUAAAGGCAUCAAGCUUGCUCAAAGUAUUCAAUAUACCAAUUCAACUCCAUGGGAUGUUGCAAAAGUCAUUAAAGCAUGGAAGGGGUGGGAAAAACAAUCUAGAUUAUCAGAUGCCUGUUAAAAACGUAUUUUUUAUAUAUUUUUUUGCUUUGAAGGCAAUGUGAAAUGGAUGUUUUAUCAUCACUGCCUCCCGUCACCAGCCGUACUGUAAAAGCAUGGCUGUGCCAUGCUGAGCUGUGAUGGUGGUAGGGUUUUCAGUACCAGGUGGGUGGGUGUUAGGGGGGAGUUGGGGUUAGGGAAAUGGGGAUCAGUUGUGACCGUCCUUGGGGUUGACUCCCAGGGAGUGCCGGCACAUUGGCGUCAGGGCUUCCUGCUGGCUGGGAAGUGUUGACACAGUCGCACGUAAACAGAACUAUACAUUCCAGGAGUACAGCAGACAAGCCCCCACACGCAGCUUCAGUAAUAAGGCCUGGCUGUUCCAAUAUGCGCAAUGAAUCAUGACGUCUGCCUUCACCUGUGAUGCAUGGAGCAUGUUUCACAACAACAUCAAAGCCAAGCCAAGGGUUUAGGAUUUAUUAAAAAUAUUUUCUCAUAUAUAUAUAUCUUUCUAGUAUAUUCUUACUGUAAAGAUACAUAUGUGCUGUGGGUUUUAUUCUGAAUUUUAUUAGCAAUCAGUGCAUCUUAUCAUUUGUGAAAAAAGGUUACUAAAUGACUAGGGAAUGUUAACUGCAAAUAAAGCAUACAGUAUUCUCAAUGAACACAAUAACAUUACAAGAAUCUCUGAACUGUUGCACAUCCUUUUCAUUGUAUAGUCCGUCCUAUCAUUUCAAUCAUAACAAGCUCUGUUUAUUUUUUUAUAAAUAUAUAAAUAAUGUAUAGAACACUUAAAGUAACUAUGUAAAAUAUUUUCUGAAACUUUCAGAUAUUAUAUCCACUAUGAAUAAGUGUCAUGACCUGUGUUAUUUACAAAGUGCUGCUUAAAAAAAGCAUUGACCUAUUUUGUAUGUAGUUAACUAAAAUAUUGUAGAAUUGUAAUAGAUUUUUUUUUAAUAAAGGUUAAAAAAGCUACACCUACAAUUGUAUUAAAAUUACUUGUAGUAUU